AUGGCCGUGGUUAUGAACUCCAGCUCGGACCAGAAGAGGCUCACGCAGACGCCGCUGCUCAAGAUCUGGGUCCCGUGGAUGAGCUGCAGCCAUAACCGAAGACGUGGGUCAUCUGUGCCGCAGUUCUGUAACUCCCCGACCAUGAUUGUGAUGGUGGGGCUGCCCGCGCGAGGAAAGACCUACAUCUCCAAAAAACUCACGCGGUAUCUCAACUGGAUUGGGGUUCCUACAAAAGUGUUUAACGUGGGGCAAUACCGGAGGCAGGCAGUAAAGACUUACAAGAACUUUGAAUUCUUUAAACCGGACAAUGAAGAGGCCAUGAACAUUCGCAAAGCCUGUGCAGCUGCUGCCCUCUCAGACGUCGCAACUUAUUUCACCAGAGAGUACGGACAAGUCGCUGUGUUUGAUGCCACAAACACCACGAGAGAAAGACGAGCCAUCAUUUUAAACUUCGCUAAAGAGAGAGGAUAUAAGGUACUUUUUGUAGAAUCAAUUUGUGAAGACCCUGAAAUUAUAGCAGAGAAUAUUAAGCAAGUGAAGUUUGGGAGCCCGGACUAUGCCGAUCGUGAUUUUGAAGAGGCCAUGGAGGACUUUGUUCAGAGGAUAGACUGUUACAGAGCCAGCUAUAUGCCCAUAGACGACGAGAAGGACAGAAACCUUUCAUACAUAAAGAUCUUUGACGUUGGGAGCCGGUACCUGGUGAACCGUGUCCAGGACCAUCUCCAGAGCAGAAUCGUGUACUACCUGAUGAACAUCCACGUCACCCCACGUUCCAUCUACCUGAGCAGGCAUGGAGAGAGUGAACUCAACCUGCUUGGGAGGAUCGGUGGAGACUCAGGACUGUCCCCUAGAGGGCAGAAGUAUGCAAAUGCACUGGCAACCUUCAUCAAGAACCAGAAUAUUAAGGACCUGAAGGUCUGGACCAGUCAUAUGAGGAGGACCAUCCAGACGGCUGAGACUCUGGGAGUUCCCUACGAGCAGUGGAAGGCUCUUAAUGAAAUUGACGCGGGAGUCUGUGAGGAGAUGACCUAUGAGGAGAUCCAGGAACACCACCCAGAGGAGUUCGCUCUGAGAGACCAGGACAAAUAUCGAUACCGCUAUCCUAAAGGAGAGUCCUAUGAAGACUUGGUCCACCGUCUGGAGCCUGUGAUCAUGGAGCUGGAGCGUCAGGAGAACGUUCUGGUUAUCUGUCACCAGGCUGUGAUGAGGUGUCUGCUCGCCUACCUCCUCGACAAAGCUGGAGAUGAGUUGCCUUAUCUGCGAUGCCCUCUCCACACGGUGCUGAAACUGACCCCUAUAGCCUACGGCUGUAAAGUGGAGUCCUUUUACCUGAACAUUGAAGCAGUCAACACGCACAGAGACAGGCCAGGGAAUGUGGACGUGAACAGAAACCCAGAGGAAGCUCUUCAGACUGUCCCUGAUCACAUUUGAGUCUGGAUCUUUAAACUAAUGCCAUACUUUGGAACAUCCCAGGCAUUUUCUCAUUUCAUCAAUAACAACAACCACUACAAAACACAGCUAAAACUGUAACAAACCCAUACUAGAGUUUACAUGUCUACUGGCUCCCCCUGCUGUCUGCUCUGAGCCCUACAUGCCUUUAGCCUGUAGUUCUGUACGUUUGUCUUUCUAAUGUUUACAAAAUGUGUAAAUAUAUUCUUGGUAAGCUCUUAACCAAAACAGUACUCUUGUUGAUAAUAAAGCUGAAACUGUUGCACUGAAAACAUUAAUGUAUAUAUAAGAUAAUGUUAUUGUAAAUGUAAUAUAGGUCAUGUUUCAAUGUAAAUUGUUUAUUAAAGGUGGUGUUUUUUAAGUCACUUAUGUUGUUAAAUGGUCAAGAAGUUUAUUCAGACGUGUUUAUUUAGAGUUGAAUACCUAUGGGAUACAUUGUGGUUGCCUGGAGCGGUUUACCAUAAUGGUAAUUAUUAAUUAAUUAAUGAAGUAAUUUUCAGACCUCCAUAUUUUUAUUCCUACAUGAGUGAUAUAUUGUACAGUGUAUUUAC